CAAGUCAAGAACUAUUGUAUUAACGUUAGACAUGGACACUCUCUGUAUGACUGAGCACAAAUGAGGACCGAGUCCCUCCUUGUACGCAACGCCCAAUUCAUGUUUCAUUUCCAUAUCAAGAUCAUCAACUCUUCUUUUAAAUCUGUGAUUACUCCAAAUAUUCAAAGAGACUCAUCACAGCUAUAGCUUUUCUCUGCUCUGAUUUAUCAGAUGGAGCAUGAGAAGGUGCCCUUAUCUAGAACGGAGAACCUGCACGAAAUUGAAAUCCCUAUAGUCUCUGAAAGUAUCGAUGUUCUUCAUGUGCCACAAAAGUUACCCUGCUCUUCCAUCUGCGCUUUCUCCAAGAAAGAAAGCAGUAGUAUGGAUUCAAAACAACGUUCAAAAUCUGCAACUAAACUUGGAGUACUCAUAAUUGUCUAUCUGUUGUUUAUGGUUGUUGAAAUUGUUGGUGGUGUAAAAUCCAACAGCCUGGCAGUACUAACAGAUGCAGCCCACAUGCUUACCGAUGUUAGUGGAUUUGCUAUUGCUCUUUUCGCCAUAAUUGCGUCAGGUUGGGAGGCAACAUCUGACCAGUCUUUUGGGUAUCACCGUCUUGAGGUUUUGAGUGCGCUUCUUUCGGUACAGCUGAUAUGGGUGGUCGCUGUGAUCUUGAUCUAUGAAGCAGUCGACAGAAUGCUUCAUGAGCAUGCAAAGGUAAAUGGGGUUCUCAUGUUUGCAGUUGCAGCAUUUGGAUUUUUGGUUAAUUUUAUCAUGGUAAUGUGGCUCGGCCAUGAUCACACUCAUCAUCAUCAUCAUCAUCAUCAGCACCAUCAUACCUGUGGAGACUUGGAUUAUCAUGAUGAUCAUGGUCAUAAUCAUGAUCAUGAUCAUGGCAAGGAAGAAGCAUGUACAAUAACUGAAGACGAUGAAACUAGCCUGGUGUCAAGUGCUCAAGUAAAGACUAAAAUAUUAAACAUAAAUCUCGAAGGAGCUUACCUGCAUGUUAUGGCUGACAUGAUUCAGUCGAUUGGAGUAAUGAUAGCCGGAGCCAUCAUCUGGGCGAAGCCAGAUUGGUUAGUUGUUGAUCUGAUCUGCACUCUCAUCUUUUCUGUUUUUGCUGUAAGCACAACUAUACCGAUGCUCAGAAAUACAUAUGGCAUAUUGAUGCAGAGAACACCAAGUGAGAUUGAUAUCAACAAGCUAGAGAAAGGUCUCAAGAGCAUCAAAGGAGUUCAGGAUGUUCAUGACCUACAUGUUUGGUCACUGACAGUUGGAAAAAUGGUAUUGUCGUGCCAUGUCACCGCGGAUCCUACGGUAGGCUCAAGUCAGAUAAUUGAUGAAAUUAGGGAUUUUUGUGAAAGAACAUACAGAAUACAUGAUGUUACUGUACAGAUUGAACAGUAG